UCAUACUUGAGCUUUUAUCUCUGUCCUUGUAAGAGAACCAUUUGCAGGAAGAGGUUGACCAGCUCCAAAUCAAAUGGAAAAGUUUUAGCUGUUUCUACAUGCAGUUAGGAAUGGUAUCUCCCUCAAAACAAUUAGACAUAUUGGGAAGGAAGUCUCAACCACUACAAAGGAAGGAACUCAAACAAGAGGGAGAUGGCCAACACCUUCAAGGCACAACCAAGUCAUCUUUCUGUUUAUUGAGUAACUUCCAAGACUUUUUUCUCUAUUCUCUCUUCUCAAGUAUCUUCACAGAAACCACCACCCCAUCAUGGAAAGUCCUCCUAGGUGGAAAUUCACAGUGAUCUUCUCCAUCAUUAUCUCCCUCUCGCUUGGCUUAGUUUCCUUUAUCUUGUGUAUAACCUCCGAGAUUAAGAGGAACAAGAAGGAGGAUCUCAGAUGGAAUGGAAAACUAUGUUAUUUGCCAUCAAGCCAAGCAUUUGGAUUGGGUAUUGCAGCUUUGGUUAGUUUCAUUUUGGCCCAGAUCAUUGGGAAUUGUAUAUUAUUCAAGAAUUCUUGUUCAGGAAGGAAAAGAAACGCACAGUAUAAGAUACCUGUCCUUGCAAAGCUUCUGCUUUUGAUCUCUUGGCUUAGCUUUGGAAUUGCAGUUAUUUUAUUAAUCACAGCAACAAGCAUGAGCAAGAUGCAGCCGUAUGGGGUGGGGUGGUUGAAUGGGGAGUGCUACCUAGUCAAAAGGGGGACUUAUGCCGGCUCAGCCAUCUUGGUUAUAGUUACAGUAGGUUCGGUAAUUGGUUCAGCUUUGUCAACAAUAAAGACCAAUCAAGCAGAACAGGGUCGCAAAAUACACGCUCAAAAGGGGUGACACCAUUGAGAUAUUUACUUAAAAAAACAUACGGUAAGAUGAAAACAGAGUCAUUCAUUUUGAUGCAAAUUAAUAUGCUAUAUAAUGGUUGAAGACUAUCAACUACACCUAGAAAGAAGCCUUACUAUGCUGAGGGAAAGAUCCCA